AUGCAACAUUCUAGUACUCUCUUCCGACAAUCUGAUCAUGGCGCCCCCGCCGAAUUUCCCGUCAUGGGCACAGCAGACGUGGCGGUCUUCUGGGACUUUGAGAAUGUAAGGAUACCUGCAUGGUGUCCAACCAGCACAGCCACAGAAGAAAUCCGAAACAAGGUGGCCAAGUAUGGACGCAUUGUGGAGAAGAGGCUCUACUACGAUUCUCGACAACCUACAGAAUCCACGGCACCAAGGACAGAACUUGACCUUAGUGGAUUCACUCUUGUGGACUGUCCCAGUCGCAAUCGAAAAGAAACUUUGGACAAAAAGCUGAUUGUGGACAUGCUUUGCUUUGCUUGGGAACGAGCUUCCAGAGGAGCAAAAGCAUGUGUGGUCCUCAUCACUUCAGAUGGUGACUACAGCUAUGCCUUGGCAAGGCUUCGCGACAUUGGAGUUUUCACUGUCAUAAUCUACCGGCCAGAUGUAGUGGCCAAAGUACUCAUUGACAAUGCCAACGUAGUCAUGUCGUGGGAAUAUGAUUGCUUGGGUGGACCACCCAGGACUGUUUAUGAGGAUGAAGAACAUGAAAUGGAAGUUCAAACCAUCUCUUCUAAUCCGUCUCAGCAAGCCAACGAUGAUAACCAGGAUGACAUGACAAUUUAUUCGCAACCAGUAGAAGAUCAAGGUCGGCAUCUGAACGACCACAAAUCGCCAAGAAGAAGCAGUGAAGAUGUUGGAGAUGUUACAUCGUUUGAUUCACAGUCGGCGAAAGAACGUGAAUUGGCUGGGCAGUUUGAAGCUGUCGCGAAGGACGAGAUAUGCGUGAAUACUGCUGUGGCUAUCAAAAAGAUGCUGCGCAUAUCAGACGAUCAGCAGCAGCAAACAAACUCAGCCCGCAAUGAUGCAAACUCUGGAUCUACAGACAUUCAGCCAGAGUCGGUGCCAUGCCAAACAAAGCAACCAAGGCCCAUGCAAGACGUUGCCGCUAGCUUGACUGUCCCAGAGGUUCCUUGCGAAGCUCAACAGACCUCCACAACUGGUAAAAAUCAGUUGGGCAACGAUGUACCAAAGGACACUGGUGGAGAGCAGGGCUUUAGAGGUACCAUUGGUCAACCGUCCUCGCCCCCUUCAUUGCACACGAACAAACAAACAUCCACUUCUGUCAAGACACCUAACCUCGAAACAAAAGGCAAGUUUGCAAUCUUUUGCAGUGUUGUCCUGAAUGCCCAGCACCAAAACGUGAAAGAGGGCAUCAGCGUCUACUCGAGCUGGGCCUCUGAGGGCUGCAUUGGGUCGGCUUUCUAUGCCAAAGUGGGAGAAAAAGACAGAGAAGGAUUCCUACGCAUUCGAACAUUGGCUUCAGAAAAGAAUUUUGUGGAGUGGGGUCGGCGGAACCUGGCUGUUCCAGGCAAACCUGUCAUCAAAGUGAAAGGAAGGGAUGACAAACCGGAGGGGUCAUCGACUGAAACGUAUCUAAGGCUGACGUAUUCUGGGCUUGCAAUUCUCAACGUUGCCGCGAAAAAGGACGACGAUUGGCAUGUUGUAACCCCAAGAACCAACAAGAAUAGCGCUAAACAACUUCAACAGACGGAAGACGACAACCCCAACCCCAGCCCAGUGAAAACAAAGACCGGCAAGCUUUUCAUUGGAGGUCUAGCGUGGCAAACGACAGAGGAUAGUCUGCGAUCGUAUUUCUUGCAAUUCGGCUCGCUUCAGAGUGUGUUUGUCAUGUAUGGAAACGGUUGGGGAUUUGUCCUUUUCUCCAAUGCCAGUGAUGCUGAAAGAGUUCUGGCAAGGACUGCCCCGCAUAUUGUUGACCAAAAGUCAGUUGAUGUCAAGCCAUUCACCAAACACUGA